AUGGGGUCAAGGGACCAUAGAUUCAAUGAAGACCAGUGGUCUGAUUCUACUGAAUCGCCACAAGGAUCUGAAUAUUCUGAAGAUAGGCGUGACGGGCCACUCAGAUCUAAUGCAGAUCCACCGUGGAGUACACCAGCCAUGAGGGGCCUAGUGGUUAAUAUGCCACGUCGCUUUAUGGAGAGAGCUCUUCAAAGGGUUACACAUGUGGUCAUUUGGGUGAGAUUUACAGGAGUCCCUAUGGAGUUGUAUGAUAAUGAGGCAGUAGAAAUGAUGGCGGCCAUAGUUGGAGGAGUAGAGGAUGUGGAGGUUGAUACAAUUCUCUGUGCAAAAGUAUGGGUCAACAUUGAUUGUCCUCUAGUUCCAGGGUUCUACUUGCGGGGAAGUGAAAGAAGAUAUACAAGAAUCCCACAGAGCUAUUUUCACAAAUAUCAUGUAGCUUGGUGUCCAAUAGGGUGGGGCCAACCAUGCAAUGGGUUCCGGUGUGCAAUAAUGGAGGAGGGGGAGUCGUCCACUGUAGACCCGGAGAUGGGAGGUGACCGGGGAAUUUUGCAGGUCCAAGGGGGUCAGAGGCGUGGAGUUGAGCAACUGGAAAGUGGCACUAACCAUCUUUGCCAGAGUACGUCCUCAAGACCACCGGGAUCAAGUGGUAAUCAUAUGGGGAAUAGGGAACCGAGAUGGGUAUCGGAAUCGAGAUCUGAAAGAUUACCUAAUCGGGAACAAUUACAUCAUCUAGGAGAGCUGACUCUGGAGAGGAUGAGCCAGUCUUGA